CAGAGAUCCCCACGUGACUUGAGACUAGCGCCAAGCUUAGGUUGGCUGGCCUCGCGUUGUCUGUCGCCUGGGCUGAAGUACGAGCCCAAGGAGCUCGAUACCAGAACGCCGGUUCCAUCAACAACCUCAACCACAUUACCAGAAUUGGUUUGGUAUCACCCGAGCAGGUCUAACUUGGGCUUUUCUAAGAUUCCAGCUUUGCAAUCUCUCAAUAGAGAGCAGAGGCCAAGAUGGUAAGCUGUUGUCACCCGAAGCCUAUAACCCAAAGCUAACAUGCCAUCCUAGGGAAAUCAACAAUCGGGCAUGGGCGGUGCUGGCCAAGGGGGGGACAGUCAGGAUGAAAAGUCUAAGAAGGUAUACAUGCCAGCGUGGAAGAGAAUUGCAAAGAAGGGCGAUACUGAGACUGGAUUGGAUUGCUAAUUACUCCGCGACAACAGAAGGAGAAGCCAAAGUACGAACCUCCGCCACGACCAACAACUAGAAUUGGGCGCAAGAAGCGCAAGGCCGCAGGUCCAAAUGCCUCUGCAAAGCUCCCCGCCGUCUACCCAACUUCUCGAUGCAAGUUAAGAUAUCUUCGGAUGCAGCGAAUUCACGAUCAUCUCCUACUGGAAGAAGAAUACGUCGAGAACCAGGAACGCCUCCGCAAAGCCAAGUCAGCAAAGGAAGGUGGCGCACCAGCAUCGGCCGGUGGUGACUCUGACGCCCUGGAUCGAAAUGCUGAUGAGCGAGGACGGGUCGAUGAUAUGCGAGGAAGUCCAAUGGGCGUCGGUACUCUGGAGGAGAUGAUUGAUGAUGAUCAUGCCAUUGUCUCAAGCACGACUGGGCCCGAGUACUAUGUCUCUAUCAUGUCUUUCGUCGACAAGGACUUACUGGAGCCUGGUGCGAGUGUUUUGCUUCAUCACAAAUCAGUGUCUAUCGUCGGUGUUCUCACUGAUGAUGCCGAUCCUCUUGUGACAGUCAUGAAGCUUGAUAAAGCACCGACGGAGUCUUACGCGGAUAUUGGAGGCUUGGAGACCCAGAUUCAGGAGGUUCGAGAAUCGGUGGAGUUACCAUUACUUCACCCAGAGCUUUACGAAGAGAUGGGAAUCAAGCCCCCAAAGGGUGUCAUUCUUUAUGGUGCGCCAGGUACCGGAAAGACUCUGCUGGCAAAAGCCGUCGCAAACCAGACAAGUGCAACAUUUUUGCGUAUUGUCGGUAGUGAAUUAAUUCAGAAAUACUUGGGUGAUGGUCCAAGGCUCGUCCGGCAACUUUUCCAGGUGUGUGGUAAUGCAAAAUUUUGACUUCUACAACUAACUAACAAACUCCAGGUCGCUGCUGAGAAUGCACCAUCCAUUGUGUUCAUUGAUGAAAUCGAUGCCAUUGGUACGAAACGAUACGAGUCCACGUCCGGAGGAGAGAAGGAAGUUCAACGUACCAUGUUAGAGCUUCUAAAUCAACUUGAUGGUUUCGAUGACCGAGGAGACGUCAAGGUCAUUAUGGCAACCAACAAGAUUGACACACUUGACCCUGCGUUGAUUCGACCUGGACGUAUUGAUCGAAAGAUUCUCUUUGAGAACCCCGAUCAAGUCACCAAGCGCAAGAUCUUCACUCUCCACACCUCCAAAAUGUCAUUGAACGAAGACGUAGACCUCGAGGAGUUCAUCAACCAAAAGGACGACUUGUCAGGAGCUGAUAUCAAGGCAAUCUGUUCCGAGGCUGGUUUGAUGGCAUUGAGAGAGAGACGUAUGCGUGUUCAAAUGGCCGAUUUCCGAGCCGCAAGAGAACGUGUAUUGAAGACGAAGAGUGAGGGUGAACCCGAAGGUUUGUACUUGUAGGAUAGCUGGCUGGCAGGCAUAGGUUCGUUCCUUUUGGGCCGGGGUCGGGGGAAGGAAAGCAUGCCGAUGUCUUCUAUUCGUGGCACUUGUAU